AUGAAGAGGUUGAGUUCUUCAGGCGGAGUGUCUCCGCCUCCACUCCGACGCAAAGUCGAAUCGACAACUACCAAAACCGCCGUCGCUUCGUUCUUCACCCCGAUCUCCGAAAAGAAACCAGAGAAGAUAUCAUGGAGGAUUACCAACAAAAGCCUCAUCGCCGGGAAGUAUACUUCAGGACCAGAAGACAAUGCACAAACACAGCCAGGAAAGAGACGGAAAGUUGCCGCAUUCGAUCUUGACUCGACAUUGAUAGCCACAGCCUCCGGAAAUCGAUUCGCGCGAGACGCAUCGGACUGGAAGUGGUGGAACAACAAGGUCCCAGGGAAACUAAAACAACUAAAUGCCGAUGGAUACCAAAUCAUCAUCCUAUCAAACCAAAAGAAGAUCAGCCUCCAAACCGAACUCAAAGGCGGCCGAUCAGAAUCGAAAAGCUUGACGAAUUUCAAAGAAAAAGUUCUGGCCGUUAUGCGACAGCUCGAUCUACCCCUAAGCAUAUACGCAGCUACACAGUACGAUGAAUACCGAAAACCAAGGACGGGUAUGUGGAAGGAGUUUUUGGACGAUUAUGAUUUGGAUGUUGACGAUAGAUUGGAUUUGGAGGAGUCUUUUUUUGUGGGAGAUGCUGCUGGUCGGCCGGGGGAUCAUUCUUGUGUUGAUCGGGACUUUGCUGCUAAUGUGUCUAUCAAGUUUCACACGCCGGAGGAAUUCUUCCUUGAUGCUAGUCCGGAGCAAGUUAUUAGAGAAUUUGAUCCUUUGGCGUAUAUUGAUGUCGACCCUGAUGCACCUGUGAUAUCCACCUUUUCCAAACAACAUCCCCUUGAACUAGUCAUAUUCUGCGGCAGUCCUGGCGCCGGCAAAUCAACAUUCUACUGGAAAUACCUCAAGCCCUUGGGGUAUGAGCGCGUGAACCAAGAUUUCCUCAAAACACGCCAGAAGUGUAUCAAAGUCGCAACAGAUCAUCUAAGUGCAGGCCACUCAGUGGCCGUUGACAACACAAAUGCCAACAUCGAAACAAGAAAAUACUGGAUCGACCUCGCAAAAGAAUUCAGUAUCCCCAUCCGCUGCAUCUAUUUCACCUCUCCUCCACACCUUUGUCGUCAUAACGAUGCCGUUCGAGCUUCAAAUCCUUCAUUAAAUCCAGAAUCUCGCACCCUUCUUCCAGGCAUGGCAUUCGCAGAUUUUGCACGGAGAUUCGAAGAACCCACCCUCGCCGAAGGGUUUGAGGAUAUAACUCGAGUCGAUUUUCGGUUUGAAGGCGAUGAGGAGUCGAAAAGGAUUUGGGGCCAGUUUUGGAUUUGAUUUCUAUAUAAUUACUGUCUUCUACCAAAUGGGUUUGGGAAGAGGACAAGGAGAGUGGUUUGGGUUUAAAGUUCUCGAGCUUCACCAUAAACCGAUGGUCAGUUAGCAGCUUGCAAGAGUAAAACUACUACGGCAUGAAUGUUAAAAGUA